GGCGUCGUUGAGUGCCACUGUCUAUGUGAUUGUUUAUUUGUUUAAUGUAUUGCUGUGUUGUCCGUAUUGGUGUAUCUCAUGAACUAAUAAUUACAUUAUGGUGUAUCCAAUAUCCUCAAGAGUGAUGAGUACAUGACCACAAUAAUAUGAUGACCGACUAGGUUUCCAUCAGUACAUUUUUACUAUUUUCGCUAUUCCAUCGUUUUUCGAGUGCGCUUUUUAAACCAUGUAAAAAUCAAUAAUUUUAGUCUUUUUAGGUUCUUCAUGAUUAUUAUUAAUUAGUAAUUACUAUCCCCCGUUAAUAAAAAUUUUGUUGGAACCAAAACCCGCUGGCUUAUUUGAACCAGCUUGAUUAAUUACAAUGUUCGAUUCUGGAAACACUAGGACUAUGGACCAAUCAGGCCAAGAAGACGUAUUUAUUGAAAAUGGCAUGUCAGAAAAAGUUGAUAAAAAUAAUGUAAAAGGUAAAAAACGUAUUAAGUGCUUACGUGACAAAACAGCUCCAAGACUUCCUCAUUCUGGGUACAUACAAUUUUUAAAUGAUAGACGUGCACAAUUUCGUUUUGAAAAUCCCAAUUUACCAUUUGCUGAAAUAACCAAAGUAUUAGCUACUGAAUGGAACCAGUUGCCAGCAGAUAAAAAACAACUAGAGAAAAUGAACUAAGGUACCUCCGUAAAACAGUAACAGAUCAAGAACAAGAAGUAUCUGUAUUAUACAAACAUAUUGGAAACAUGAAUAAUGGAAUUAUAAGAUUAAUGGCUAACACUAAAAAACUGAAAGCUGGAUGUUUAAAAUAUGAUCAUUAUUUAAUUAAAUUACGAUCUCUACUUCUAGAUGCUUUUGAUAAUAUUGCAUUUCCUCGUAAAUAUUUCAAUUUAUUAAUUAAUAAAAUAACAUUGAGCCACCUACCGAUGACACUAUUGACACAUAAAUAGUUAAUUUAGUAACACAUCUAACAACUGGCACUGGUACUGAUCCUUCCCGGAUUGCAAAUGUAAAGAAAGUUAUUUCUAAUUUAGAUUUUUCAGUGUUAAAAUAAAUUAUAUUUUGAUUUACCAAACUAUAAAUAAUUAAUUAUCCAAUCAUGUUGAUUUUUAAUAUUAUUUUAUGUAUAUUACAUAUACUUAUUGAUAACAUUAUUAUAAUAUUUUAAAUAUAUAUUUAUUUUUAUUCUAACAUUUCAUUUUAAAUUAUUUUGUAUUUUAUUAAUCUCAAACUAAUUGUAAUCCUUUGAAUCAUGACAAUUGUGAUAUUAAUUCCUUGUGAUAAACCCUUUAAUUAUAUGAAAUGUAAUGUAUCUUAGAGUAUCUAUAAUUAAGUACCAUUAAUUAAUAUCAGAUCUAUUAAAUGUACUAACAUCACAUGCA